AGUUCCCAUUUGUCUGGUGAAGUCAGUGCUCAGCAACAUUGCGUGUUCGUCGGUGAAGCAGUAAGAAAAAGUUAACACUCACUGCCAGCCUCAAGAACCCAGAUUCUCAUGCUGCCUUGUUUACAUGAUGGACGGCUAUGUCAUGUCAUCUCCCUCAGAGGAAAUGAUUCCAAAUGAGCCAGAGAAUUAUCGGCCACCUGCGGAGCUGUACCCCUACCUCACUAAUGUAGGGGAAAUUUAUGAAGACCAUAGAUGGACCUUCCACUCUGACCGCAUCCAGUCGUCGGACUUUGAGAACUCACCAGUGAAUCACCUCACAGAGCUUCAGUCUGUGUCUCCUCAACAACUGAUACAACCCUACCGCUACAGCGGCGAGUCUCUGCCCCUUCACCUGGACCCUCCACUCGCUCCUCUCUCCAUGUCACCCCAAAUCCCAUAUUACACCCCAUCCCUGUGCUACCAGUACCAACCCUCCACCUCGCCUGGCCAUUACUACUCAGAAGAGGAACAAAGAGGAAUCAGUCCCCCACUUGAGGUAUCAGAGGGGGAAGAUGAAUUUGAAGACCACAAACACUCCUCCUUCAGAAGAGACACUAACAACAAGAAGAAAAUCCGCCUGUACCAGUUCCUCUUGGACUUGCUAAGAAAUGGUGACAUGAGUGACAGUAUCUGGUGGGUGGACCAGGACAAGGGCAUCUUCCAGUUCUCCACAAAACACAAAGAGGCCCUUGCCAGCCACUGGGGUAUCCAGAAAGGAAACCGCAAAAAAAUGACCUACCAAAAAAUGGCUCGAGCUCUGAGGAACUAUGGUAAAACUGGAGAGAUUAAAAAAGUAAAAAAGAAGCUAACCUACCAGUUCAGUGAAGAAGUGCUGAGGAACUUCUAUUUACAUCAGUAUUCUCACUGAUAAGGGAACAAAGGGUGAAAUUAUGCUGAAAUCACUAAAGUAGCCAAGAUUGAAUUUGCCUGUACAUUUGCAAUUUUACUACCAAGUUUCCUUACUUAUUUAUUUGUGAUGCAAGUGCACUUACUCUAUGGCAUAUGCAAACUUCCUUAGAAAAGGCUUUAUUUCAGGCUCAGAUGACCUUUGGGUGCCUGUCUACAAGGAUUAAAUUAUGAUUAAAGCUCAGGGACAGCUACAAAACACACACCCAGACACACACACACACACACACACACACACACACAC